AGAAACUGUUUGAAUAUGUUAUAUCAGUCCCAUAGACUUAAUAUAUGAUAAAAGAUAUCAUUUAAAAAGUAUGAUUAAAAAAAGACAAGUCCCUUUAAAAACUAGAAAAUAAGAAUGAUAUUAAACAUUUAGAUAAUUAACCAGUUUAUUCAGUCUAGCGCCUUUUUCCUUUAUAUUUAUGUUUUAAUACAUUAUAAUUAUUUUUAUUUCAUUUAUUUAGUUAUUUACUUACUUAUUAAUUUAUUUUUAUAAUGUUUUUUUAUUUUUUUAUUGGCUGCUCAUACUUUCUAGCUGCAUGUUGCUUGUAAGAAAGUACAUCACCAUUUGUUUUGUUAUUUUCACUGUAACAUGUAAUGUUGAAUUUGUUAAUGAACAAACAACCAAACAAACAAGCAACGCUAGUACUUUAGUUCCGCUCCUAUUUCCGUCCGUCAGUUAUAAAGGAGGGAGCGGAAGGAAGUCGGUCCGUUUACACGGUGACACACAGCACUUCCGGUCUGCCGGUGGAGCGUGUCUGGCUGCUUCUUCUUUGGAGAACUCUGACACAGGUUUGUUUUGGAUGGACCGAGCGGUUGUUUGAGAACCAGAGGGUGAACCCUGAGUUCUGGCAUUAGAUAACAGACAGGAAGGAACAGCAGGAGACGACAGGAACGUCUAGAGAGGAAGUAGAGCCGGAACGAGCUGAACGGAAGAGGCGAGUUUACAACAGAUAAAUGCAGAGUGUCUGAUCGGAUUCCCGUCCCAAAUCCUUUCAUCAGGCCAGACGGCGCCUCCAUGGACGGGCUGGAGAAGAAGCUGGAUGCUCUGACCAUCGCUCAGCGCUGUCAUCCGGAGGAGCCCACCUACCUGCUGCACCUGGCCCUGCAGCCCGGCGGGCCUCUGGCGGUGUCCUGCUCCAGCUUCUUCAUCCGCCUCCAUGACCAGAACACUCUGGACCUGCUGGGGGAGUGCCGAGGCCACGGCGGGGCGAUGUGUGGCCUCACGUUUGCUCACAGCUCCCCUGUGCUCCUGUACUCGGGCUCGGCUGACGGCACGGUGCGAGCGUGGGACGCCCGGCGCCCCGGCUCGGAGGCGGUGCAGACGUUCAGGAGUGAUCCAGCUCACUGUUACAGCAGCGUGGGGCUGAGCUGCAGCGACACGCUGCUAUGUGCCGGCACGGAGCAGAUCGGGGACGAUGACAGCUUCCUGGUCUUCUGGGAUUCCAGGAAAGCUGGUGCCCUUCUGGGGACGUAUUCAGAGUCACACAGUGAUGACAUCACGCAGGUGUGCUUCCAUCCGCAGGAUAAAGACCGCCUGGCCUCGGGUUCCACAGACGGACUCGUUAAUGUUUUUGACCUGAGCCAGGGGACGGAGGAGGAGGCCCUUCUGGCCACCUGUAACAGCGGCUCCUCGGCGGCGGCGGUGUGCUGGUCCGGAGCAAAACACUCCCAGCUGCUGUGUCUCAGCCACGACGAGGGCCUGCACCUGUGGGACCUCAGCCAGCUGGAAACAGACGAGCCUCUCACGCUCUUCAGCGCCACCGACGCCCGCAGCCUGACCCCUCUGACGGACGGGGGAGGCGUGGAUUACCUGGUGGGGGGGCAGUGGCUGCAGGAAGACCAGAAACUGCUGGUUGUGGGGGGGGUGAGCAGUGGGGACCUCCACCUGAUGGAGUGUGACAGCAGCGGGCUGCACCUGCUGAGAAGCCUGGAGGGCGGCCACACCUCCACGGUCCGGUGCUUCCUGUGGGACGCAGCGCGGGGCGCUCUGAUCACCGGCGGGGAGGACGCGCAGCUGUUGCUAUGGAAACCAGAGGGGAAGCGGCUCAGCGCUGGAAUAAAGGAAUCCAUGAAGAGCAAAUCCGCUUUAAAAUUAAAGUCUAGACCUCAUAAGAAGUAUGGGUAUCAGAGAGAGAGGAAGGGGACGUAACCAUGACGACGUCACCAAAACAUGGUCUGUGGGACUGAAGCGGACGGGCUGCAGGGACGGACAGAUGGGUGUGGGGCUGCGCCGCCAUCAUUUUUAAGGCUUUUUUUUUUCUGUUUUUAAAUGAAAACUAAUGCAUCUGUUGGUUUUCACGACUCAUUUUAAAAACUAUCUGCAGAAAAAAUAAGGAUGGACUAGAAGCAUCAAUGCUCAGGAUAACGGAGGAACUCGUAAUGUGAUUAUAACUUUAGAGUAACUUUGUGUACAAAACAUUUUGGUCAAAAAGAUUAAUUACUCACAAGCUCAUUAACCACUGUCAGUUUAUCCACGUUCUAGGAAGAACUUCAGCUUCUGACAGCAUAGCGUACUUUACAACAUGCUAGAGCAGACAUGGGCAAACUCCGGCCCGCGGGCCGGAGUUUGGUUUGAACAACAUCAGAAAGACAGGAUUUUUUUUUUUUUCCAUCUGGCCACACAGAUCAAGACCCACAUAGAACGUAACUUUUUAUUCUCUCUUCUGCAGUCUGUGCCCCUGUCUGAACCCCCAAAAUCUGUUUAAUAGAACAGAAUUUUGUGUUUCUACAUCUCAGUUCACCUUUCGCAUCUUGCUGAUUCUUUCAGAGCGAUUGUGCUGGUGUGUUUUUUCAAACGGAGCACACUGUUCUGUGUCCUGAUUGGCUGGAGACCUUGUCAAUCCUCUCCAUCCUGCCGUGUCUCCAUGCGUGCAGCUCUCCUGAUCUGCGUAAAUAUUUAAUCAGAUCUUUGUUUCAUUAUAUUAAAUUUGACUUAUUUCUAUGAAGGUUUUAACUUUGAGAGUUUAAGCAAGAGAGAAAAUAGUAAAAAUGUUCGUGUGCUCGUCAGAGAAAGUGUGUAGUGAAAAGUUUUAUUGCCUCAAAACAUCUUUAUUCUACCUCCCAGAUUUUACCAAUCGUGGGUUAUUUUAGAGCAGAACUGCGGGAAAAACAGGAUAAAUAAAUAACGCGUACUUUGGCGCUUUUAAAACUCCACGCAGAAAUUAGACAUCUUCACGCAAACAUUCCUGGCGGACAAUUCAGAGCACCGCGAGCACGUCCUGCUCCUGUGCGCACGUGUUUAUUUUCUGUUCCGUUUAAUAAAGUCCUCGCGCACGAGAGACUGUUUACUUCCAAGUGCGCACGAGUGAUGCAUGCGCGCAUGAAUGUCAGUGAGCACGCACAACAUCUUGGUCAUGUGAGCUCACUGCUGCACGCGCUGCUGUCGGUGGGGGAAUCAUUUCAGCUGUGGGUCUCUCCCAAAUGAAGUGGACGGAUGGGCGAGGAGAAGGAAAUUACUAAAUUAUUUUAAAAGUCAGACAUACCCUGACAUUCUGUAAGCCACAUUUUAAUACAGAUAUAUAAAAUUCAUGCAUUUUUUAAAAAAAUUAAUCUUUGUGUGAAAUGGCCAAAUAAAAAUGGUGAACACAAAACGUGUUGAGGUGAGAAUUGAUUUAAUCGACGCCUUUGGCGGGGAAGUUUGGAAAAAGAUAGAAAAAAAGGUGAAAAGCAUCUGGUAUCAAAUUUACAAAAAAUAAAUAAAUAAUAGAAAAAAAUUAAGAAAAGAAGAAGAAGAAACGGGAUAAAGAAAAAGGUAACCUCUCAUAACAAUGGUCAGGAGAGGACAGGCUGAAAAGAGUGCAAGAUAACAUUAAAUGAAAUGAUCCGGUGGGCCAGAUCCUGCCUUGACUUUGACACACUUGCAACAAACCUAAUAAAUCAACAAUAGCAGAGCAAAAUAUGCAUCUUUAUUCUAAAAAAAAAAACAUUUAUACAGUUUUUCUCAAUCAUUUUAGUGCAUUUCUCACAACAGAACAAACUUCUCACCACAGUUAGUCCGACUCCAUAACAUUUAGUCAUUUGGACACAACCUUGUGUCAGUUUCCUGUUUAUUUCAUCCAAUAGUAAAUUCUUUUGGACACAAAGCAAUUGAUGAAGUACAAUUCCCUACAAAUUGAUCACUUUUGAUUUGCUUCUGAUCAUUAUUCAUUUUUUUAAUCAUCUCUCUCAAAAUGAACUAAACUUGUUCAGGCUGAUUAGUCAUUUUUAAUAUAACUAAUAAUCUUCAUUUCAUUGAUUGUAUCUUUCCACACAAACUUCUUGAACAUUUUGUACAUCCAUUUUAAAUGUAAUUGUUAUUAUGUUACCAUUAAAUUUGCAUAACUUUUUAAAGGAAAACCUUGUUAUACACAGAUGAAAAGGUGUUUGAACUAUUACUGUAGUUGCAAACAAUCUUAUCAUUGGUUGACAUCAGCUUCCAGCACUCUGGUGCGGGCAGAGAUUUGCAGAACAUGACAUGAUGCUGGUGAAGUAUCUCCAUUUCUGAAUCCCAUUGAGGAGUUUUCUCUUCCUGGAGGUGGAAGGUAAAUGACCGACAUCCUCAUACCCAAAUGACCUGCUAGAGUUCAUGAAUGCUCCUGAUGAUGACAUCACAGCAGAGUCCUGCAGAGGGUGGAUUCAGUUCUCAAGAAGAUUCUUUCCUCUGUGCAUUGAUAGAGCUGAUAUUCUCUGUGAUGAAAAUAUGUGGCCAGACAGACGGAGUGUCUAACUGUCCAUUAUGGAUUUGCAGAACUGUCUGUUUUACAGACAGUUCUGCAAAUCAAUCAAUGCAUUUUCAAAUCAAUCAAUGUAUUUUUAGUUCCAAAACUACUCCAGUACGGUUUACUGAACCAAAUCGAGUUUGUUUGUUUUUUUCUUUCUAUUUGCACAAUGCUGUGAACGGUUGCAAAUAAACAGUGUAAAGUGCAUA